AUGCCCCACAAUCCACUGCCUCACGCACCCACGCAAGGUAAUAUGAGAUCCUUGGCAAUAUCUGAAGGCGUAGAUGAUCUUGCUCGUAAUACCACCGUUUUAUUUCAUGCCAAGGAAAAUAAAAGCACGAUUUUCCGCUAUAUAGCCGUGACACUUCAUGGUAAAACGGGGUCAAUAGAAGCAUACGCGUUCAUUGACGAAGGGUCAGCGUGCACUCUUGUCGAAGACGGGUUGGCAGCUGAACUUGGUCUCGACGGACCGACAGAAGACCUCUGCCUUCAGUGGACAGGUGAGGUUACACAAAACGAGGCGAAUUCAAAAUCUGUUUCGCUGCAUAUUUCAGCUCGAAGUUCAGGUUCAAAGAAAUACUUAAUAAAAAAUGUACGCACUGUAACCAAUCUCAAUUUGCCCAUUCAGACACUUGAGAGCGCUGCCAUAUCAUGUCGAGAGCAUUUGAGAAAAUUACCAAUUCAUCCAUAUGUAGCAGCCCAGGCGCGUAUUUUUAUCGGCCUCGAUAACAUUAAGCUUGGUGUUCCUUUGCAAACUCGUGAUAAAGAUGGCGACGACCUAGUAGCAGCGAAAUGUAAAAUAGGGUGGUCCGUCUAUGGACGUAACGACGUAAACGAAGCCUCACGCCAACGUGUGAUGCAUAUUUGCACAUGCAGUGUAGAUAGCCGCAUUGAGGAGUUAGUCAAGUCACACUAUACGGUAGAAUCGAUCGGCGUGAAAGACGUAUCCCCUUUAGUUUCUAAGGAAGAUGAGCGUUCGCAGCGUAUAAUGAAUUCAACUACAAAAUAUCUUCCAAGCGAAAAGCGAUGGGAAACCGGUCUUCUCUGGAAGUAUGACCAGAUCCAGCUGCCUGAGUCCUUACCUAUGGCUAAGCGCCGUCUUCAGUGCCUUGAGAAAAGGAUGGCGCGUGAUCCUAGCUUAAAAACAUUUCUGGUAGACACCAUUCAGCAAUGCGAACAGAAGGGUUAUGUGCGAAAAGUACGUAAAGAUGAAGUGCUGGCUGGUCCCAAAUCCUGGUAUAUACCAAUUUUCACCGUAACCAACCCCAACAAAAACAAAACUAGGUUGGUGUGGGAUGCUGCGGCUGCGGUUGAUAAGGUUGCUUUAAAUUCUGUACUCCUAAAACGUCCAGACCUAUUGAAAUCAAUGGUAGGUAUUCUGGUCUGCUUUCGUGAAAAUCCAAUAGCUUUGUGCGGCGACAUCCGUGAGAUGUUUCACCAAAUACGUGUCAGGCAGGAGGAUCAAACUGUUCAAAAGUUUUUAUGGCGGAAUGGUGAAACAUCAAAGGAACCGAAUGUAUAUGUCAUGCAAGUUACGACGUUUGGUGCAACUUGCUCUCCAUCAAUAGCUAAUUAUGUCAAGAAUAAAAAUACUUCUCGUUUCGAAGUUCAUCAUCCAUAUGCCGUUAAAACGAUUUUGGAUAAUACCUUUGUAGACGACUGGCUACAAAGCAUGCAAACUGAAGACGAGAUGAUCAAAUUAGCUACAACAGUUCGCCACAUUCACGCCGAUGGAGGGUUUGAAAUGCGAAACUGGAUAUCAAACUCCACGAAAGUUUUGGUGGCCUUGACAGGGCAGUCAGAGCAGAACAACAAGUAUAUCGAAGAACCAAAUUUAAAACACGAGAAGGUACUAGGUAUGUGGUGGUCACUGAUGGCGGAUGUGUUGACGUUUUUCGAACAUUUCCCGAAACAAGAUUAUAAUGAAAUCAACAUCCCAACGAAGCGCCAAAUGUUACGUGUUAUAAUGACUGUAUUUGACCCGUUAGGAUUGUUGGGUUUCUACCUCAUCUCUGCGAAAAUUUUAAUGCAGGAGGUAUGGCGUUCGGGCGUCUCGUGGGACGAACCAAUAGGUAAAGAAGAGCAGGAGAAAUGGUGGCAGUGGAUACGACGCCUGCCUGCCAUCACUGAUAUUAAGGUGCCUCGGUGUUAUCCGUUAGUAAGUCAUGGCGAACGAGUCCAGCUACACACAUUUGUGGACGCCAGCGUAGAUGCUUAUGCGGCCGUCGUGUACCUCCGCGCAGAGAAAAAUGCUGAUGUUGAUUGUUGCUUGGUUGCGUCCAAAACCCGAGUUGCGCCACUUAAGCCAGUAUAG